AUGUGUGUUAGAGGCAUUGCGAUAUUUACAGUCUUACUAACUGUCAUUCAAUGUCUAGCAGCUCUGAAGGAGGCAAGGCAUGCGCUUGAAAGAAUUGGUUAUGGAGACAUCGUGGAGAUCGAAGGCCAACUGGAGGACGUGACGCGCCCAAACAUAGCCAUUAAUUUUUACUACGGGUCUAUGAAUCAGGGAGUCGUGUACAACGAAACCAAAAAAACGUUGGCAAUUGUGAUUGACAAUGGUAAUAAGACGAUCUGCAUACGUAGAAACGAAGAUAACGCCGAGCCCAGUUGUUGGGAAGGUUUUGUUUUGCCUUCCUACUUUCAAAUAACGAUUCAAAUUAUUGAACAGAAUAGAGUGCGGAUUGCCGUGAAGAGUGAAAAUUUCGAAACUAGAUUUGAUAAUAAUUGCGAUUUUACGCAGUCAGUGGAAAUAUCUGGGGAUAUCAAAAACCUGAAUCGCUUCGAAAUCAACCAUAAUCCUCGCCUUCCGAUCUUGAGGGCAGUCAGCUUUGGAAUGGGUAAUUUAACACAUUAAAACUAUCGUUUUCUUUGCAGGCAACUUCAUUGAGAUGCGCUUUGAAGCUGGCAAUCAACCAACCUUGAUAUUUUUGAAGUCACCUUAUCAUCUCAUCUCUCUGGAACUUGUAAUCAACCCCAAUGGCGUUGUAGAAAUGAAUUCGUUGUUGUCGGAGGUUUGGGGAGAAACUCAAAGAUUCUAUGGUGGUUCAACAGGGAACGAGGAUAUUAUAAAACUGGUCAACACAUUGGACUGUGUUGAGAUCUGGAAGGCAAACAUCAAGAGGUAUUGCUACAAACACCGAGUGGCUUACCCUUAUAAAGACUAUUCCCUUCUGCAUGUGGAUGUUGGAGAAGGUGGACUGGUCAAAGACAUUGUAGAAGGAAGGCAAUUUUGA